AGUCCUCUUUUCCCCCUGCCAUUCCCCCUCAACAUCGUCCAUCGCUUGCCUUCGCAUCUCUUUGGUUCACUUCAGCAAAGUUUCAACCAUGGGCUGUGGAAAUUCCACUGCUGCCAGCACAACCCCAGGUCCAGCUGAGUCAGCCAAAGAUGUGCAAGAUGAUUCCUCCAUGGACGAAGAAAAGAGGAGGAACUACGGUGGAGUGUACGUGGGUAUCCCUGCAGACCUCACUAAUGAGACCGCCGGACAAACAGCCUCCACACACAAAGAAUAAUGAUAUUCGGAGCUUGAUGCACAGAUAAAGGGCUGUCCGGAGGGAAAUCUUGGCUGUAAAGUGCUGCGUGAUAAUCUCUAAAGGACGCAAUUUUCAUCUUUGCUGAUUGGCUGGUUGGGACACAAC